AUGGGAGUUAACAAGGCCAUGGUCUUCAGACAAAUCCCUGAAGGACUCCCCGUGGCAGGCAAAGAUUUGACCAUCGAAACCAUUGCCGACUACGAUGGGACCUCCCCUGCCCCGGCCGGGGGUGUUUUGCUGCAGGCAGAGUAUGCAAGCUUUGAUCCUUACAUGAAAGGACGCAUGCGCCCGGCGCACGUCAAAUCGAACGCCACGGCCUUUGAGCUGAAUAAGCCGCUAGUGACCCAGUGCAUUGCUAAGGUUCUCCAACCGAACCACCCCAAAUACCAGCCAGGAGAUCAGAUCGUUGGGGAGCUCCCCAUCCAGCAAUACGUCGCCCUCAGUGGAGCGGAGCUCGACAAGAUCCAGCACCUGGAAAACCCUUUGGGGCUGGAGGAUACCCGCGUGUUUCUGGGGGCCCUCGGGAUGUCAGGAUUGACGGCGUAUUCGUCCUUCUACGAGAUCGGCCAACCUAAGAAAGGCGAGACCAUUUUCAUCUCUGCCGCCAGCGGCUCGGUGGGUAGCAUGGUGGGACAGCUGGCUAAACGGGCGGGACUGAGGGUGAUUGGCAGCGUGGGCUCGGACGACAAGCUCGAUUUCAUCAUCAACGAGCUCGGCUUCGACGCGGGGUUUAACUACAAGAAGGAGCAACCCUCCGACGCCCUGAAGCGAUUGGCCCCCGACGGCAUCGACAUCGACUACGAGAAUGUGGGCGGCACACAUCUCCAAGCCGCCCUGGACGCGAUGAAGGAGCAUGGACGGGUUAUCGUCUGCGGUCUGAUCUCUGAAUACAAUGCCAAACCAGGCGAGCGACACCCUCUCUACAACUACAGUCUGAUUCUGCGGAGGAGACUCACCGUGCGUGGGUUCGUUGUCUUUGACCACGGUUUCGGGGACAAGUAUCAUGCAGAGCACCAGACCAAUGUGCAGCGGUGGAUCAAAGACGGGACGCUCAAGGUGAUCACCUGGGAGUGCGAGGGGAUUGACCAUGCAGUUGACGGCCUAUUGGCUCUGUUCUCGGGACGGAACUUUGGAAAAGCGGUGCUGAAGUUCUAA